GCAUUGCUAUCAGUUUCGUCGCAUCUCUAUUGGAAAUAAAUAAACUAUUUUCGCCUCAGACAUUUUAAAAUGAAUUUGGGAAAAACAAAUGCAGUUGCCAGACUUCCUGCCCUCCGCUCAUGCUUGCACUACUCCAGCUCUGCAAAAGCGGAACUACCAGCUUCUUUAGUCGGCGAGGAGGAUGAGGUACGAGCUUACCCCCAGGCGGUGGACAGAUCCGGCCUGCAACCACAACACAAAAAUGUGCUUCUUAACAAGUUGCCAUAUCAGGAGCCGCACUCCUGGAUACAUAUGACUGAAAAGUACCAGAGACAGGCUUUUGGGCGUUACGGCGCCCAGAGCAAUGUAAGUCCCAAGAUCUGCUUCGAUACUCGCGGGGAAGAAGACAGCAGGCAGGUUAUGCAACUAGACACACUCCUAAAAAUGUUGGAGAAGAAUCGCGCUCACAAGGCCGAGGAGUUGGAGAAGAUUACAGCCCGCGAGGAGGACAUUGCGAAGAAGAUGGAGAAGCUGAAGCAGUGGAAGGCAGAUUUGCAUGCAAAAGUCGCGAAGCGGGAGGCAGAUGCUGCGGCGGCUAUACAACGCAAGGAACGCCUGGUGGAGGAGGUGCGCCGGCACUUCGGCUUCAAGGUGGACACACGGGACGAACGAUUCAAGGAGAUGCUCGAGCAAAAGGAAAAGGAGGACAAGAAGAAGCAGAAGGAGGCCAAGCGAAAGGCCAAGGAAGAGAAGAUGAUGGCCAAACUGGUAGAGAAGACAUCUGCGUAAUGUAACUAUAGUUGAUAGCCUAUCAAUUUAAGCAAGGUACUGUUGUCUGUUGCCUUCUACAAUAAAAAUCCCCAGCAAAGUGGAAUGUUUA